AUGCUAUUUUUCGCAAAUUUCCAUGUAACAAUGUCAACAAACGAACAACGACAAAAAGUUUCAGAAAAUCCACAAUAUAGUAAUGAUCGUACAAAUGAAGGUCAAGUCAGUGAAAAAGAUUUGGGCAAAUUGUGUAAACCAGAAAGUUGUGGCAAAGAUGCAGUAGGCGGCGCUACUGAUACAUCAUCAGAGAAAAAACCUGGUGAACGAAGUAGAACAGAAACUGGUGAUGAUCCGCAGCAGACACAGCACAAUUCACAAGGAUCACAUUUACCGCCGUGUCCAAAUUAA